AUGGUUCGUCAAUCAAUCAAAAGACUAGCCAAUCACUAUGUUGGGUUUCAACAGAUCGAAGAAUUGGGUCCGUUUGAUCUGGUUCUUGGUGGCAGUCCCUGUCAAGAUCUAUCCAUUGCUAAUCCAGCUCGCAGAGGUAUAUAUGGGGGGACCGCAAGAUUGUUUUUUGAGUUCUUUCGACUGUGGUUCUACGCAAGAUUCCUAAGAACAGGAUCCAGUKCUCCGCGGCCGUUUUUCUGGCUAUUUGARAAUGUGGUCGGAAUGAGAGCUGAGGACAAAAAGACGAUAUCGAGGUUUUUCAAAACGAAUCCAGUYGUUGUAGACGCAAAAGACGUCUCCCCUGCUCACCGUGCGAGAUACUUUUGGGGAAAUUUGCCAGGAAUGAAUAGGCCCACGAAACCAGUUGCAGGAGACAAGCUCUCACUACAAGAAUGCCUUGAGCCAAACUGUGGGCGAAAAGCCAGAUUCACCAAGGUACAGACCAUCACAACAAACGCCAAUUCGUUAAGACAGACUAAGAAUAACUUGCUUCCUGUGUCAUAYACUGACAGCGAGGGUGUGGAACGAGAAGACAUUUUAUGGUGUACAGAAAUGGAAAGGCUGUUCGGCUUUCCCAGUCAUUACACUGAUGUAAAUAACAUGGGAAGACAACAAAGGCAACGUCUCCUAGGUAACGCRUGGAGCAUACCCGUUAUCAGACAUCUGGUAUCCCCUUUGAAAGACUACUUCAAGUGUCGUGUUGAAACAAAUAAGAUGACGUCAUARUCACUAAUGACGUCAUGUUGGUAACGUCAUGACGAUACAUAUAAAGUCUGACGUCAACUCUUAAUGUUACUACCCGUACUACUCUAAAAGAGUAGGAUUUGUAAGUAUAUGUAAGGUGACGUMAUUCUUGGUUAUUACGUCAAUGUUGAUAUUUACGUUCACUAUACAUCUCAUUUGCAUUGUUUAACCUACAGUCGUACACGUCAUUGCUGCGUCAUACAUAUCGAGUAGGAAUGACGUCAUAUGAAUGUGAAAUUUCGUUUUAUUAUUAGUUCCAAGMUGAGCAUUAAAAAAAGAAAGAAACA